AAUUCAUUCACACACACAAACAACUUCAUCAAUAGCAAAAGCUUAAUUUCACCAUGGCUAGUACACUCGAUCUAAUGUUUCUUCUCAGGGAAAUUUUUGUUUCCUUUUUUAUCUUCUUAGUGACCCGUUUCUCCUUCCGUUCACUCUUCAAAAGCCACCACCAGAAACUUCCACCGGGGCCGAGAGGCUGGCCAGUUCUGGGUGCACUUCCUCUCAUGGGAAGCAUGCCUCAUGUCACACUCUCAAACAUGGCUAAAAAAUAUGGACCUGUCAUGUACCUCAAAAUGGGCACCAACAGCUUGGUGGUGGCUUCUACCCCUGCUGCGGCGCGUGCAUUUCUCAAAACCCUUGACCUGAACUUCUCCAACAGGCCCCCAAAUGCAGGUGCAACUCACUUAGCUUAUGACUCACAAGACAUGGUGUUUGCUGAGUACGGGUCAAGGUGGAAGCUCCUAAGGAAGCUCAGCAACCUGCACAUGCUGGGAGGAAAGGCUCUUGACGACUGGGCACAGUUUCGCGACCAAGAAAUGGGGUACAUGCUUCGCGCCAUGUAUGAUUGCAGCAAGAAGGGGGAGGCAGUGGUGGUGCCGGAGAUGCUGACAUAUGCUAUGGCUAACAUGAUAGGUCAAGUGAUCCUGAGCCGCCGCGUGUUUGAGACCAAAGGUUCUGAGUCCAAUGAGUUCAAGGACAUGGUUGUGGAGCUCAUGACUGUUGCUGGGUACUUCAACAUUGGUGAUUUUAUUCCUGCGCUUGGGUGGUUUGAUCUUCAAGGGAUAGAGGGAGGGAUGAAGGCCUUGCAUAAGAAGUUUGACUCUUUGUUGACGAGGAUGAUUGAGGAGCACUUGGCUUCUAGUCAUAAGAGGAAGCUUAAGCCUGAUUUCUUGGAUGUUGUCAUGGCUUAUCAGAGUGAAAACUCUGGUGGGGAGAAACUAUCACUCACCAACAUCAAGGCUCUACUUCUGAAUCUAUUCACAGCAGGCACCGACACUUCUUCAAGCAUCAUAGAGUGGUCACUAGCAGAGAUGUUGAAUAACCCAAAAAUCAUGAGGAAAGCUCACGAGGAAAUGGACAGAGUCAUCGGCAAGGACCGCCGCCUCCGAGAAUCGGACCUUCCAAAUCUCCCCUACUUCCAAGCCAUCUGCAAAGAGACAUACAGAAAGCACCCCUCAACCCCACUGAACCUGCCUCGAAUCUCCACGGAACCGUGCGAGGUGAACGGCUACUACAUCCCCAAGAACACAAGGCUGAAUGUGAACAUAUGGGCCAUAGGAAGGGACCCUGACGUGUGGGAGAAUCCUCUGGAGUAUAAUCCUGAGAGGUUUCUGAGCGGGAGGAACGCGAAGAUUGAUCCGCGUGGGAAUGAUUUCGAGCUGAUUCCGUUCGGUGCUGGGAGGAGGAUUUGUGCUGGGACGAGGAUGGGGAUUGUGCUUGUUCAGUACAUUUUGGGGACUUUGGUGCAUUCUUAUGAUUGGAAGUUGCCGCCUGGUGUUAAGGAGUUGGACAUGGAAGAGGCAUUUGGACUUGCCUUGCAGAAGAAGGUGCCUCUCUCUGUUAUGGUUACUCCAAGGUUGCCACCAAGUGCUUACAUUCCUUGAAGGUCUUUUAAUUUCUAAGCUACAUGCUUUAUGUUAAUGUAUAUUUUUGAAUAAGUGGUUGUGUGUUGCACAAACAUAUUACAUGUUAUGUUGGAUCAUUUUCUGUUGGUUAAAAUUCUUGUGUUUCUUGACAAGUUUGUUUCUUAAUUACUAGCAUUGCUAGCUCUUCGUCAAAUCCCAAUAAUAUCAAAGUUUGGAUGCC